CUUCAUCCUUCAUCCUUGACUCUUUAUACUCCCCAAGAACUAUAUACAUAUACCAGCAAAAACCUCCACCACAAUUAAAAGCAAACAACUCUCCCAACCAUUCUUCACCACACCCACCGCAAAGCACCAAUGGCCCAUCCCACCACCAAAUCCUCACAUCCCACCCCAUCACCAGAAUCAACACACAAACACCUCCCCAAACGCCUACUCAUCUCCUACCUCAUCGACUGGAUCCUAAUCAUAGGAAUCGCCCUAAUCGGCUACGCCUUCUCAACUGUGACCCCAAACCACAUCCCCUUUUCCCUCACUGACGCGAACAUCUCCCUCCCCCAUAGAGAAAAAGACACUGUGUCGACGGGCGUCCUAGUCGUUGUAUCAUUGAUAGCACCCGCCGUGAUUAUUGCUUUUGUGGCGGUGGUGGGCAAAUUAUGGGAAUGGAAUGUGGGAUGGAUGGGAUUGGGGAUUGCCGUGGCGGGGACAUAUAUAGCUACACAGGGAUUGAAGGAUUUAUAUGGGAAGCCGAGGCCGGAUUUGUUGGAGAGGUGUGAUCCGGAUAUCGCUGCGGUGGAGGAGUUUGCGGUUGGGGGGUUGGGGUUGAGGCUUGAUGGGGCGCCGGUGAUGGUGACGUGGGAGAUUUGUCGGAACAGGGCGGAGGAGUUGACGAUGGAUGGGUUUGCGAGUUUUCCGAGUGGGCAUUCUUCUAUGUCAUUUGCGGGAUUGACAUAUCUCGCUCUUUGGCUAUGCGCUAAGUUUUCUAUCGGAUUCCCGUUCCUGGCAUACUCGCCGUUUAGUCCGGAUCUGCGCAGGCAGGAACGCGGUAGCAUCCGGAACCAGGGUGCAGCUCCUCCGGUCUAUAUGCUCAUAGUUGCCUUUGUGCCCAUCGCAGUGGCUUUCUUCAUAUCUGCAUCGCGGUGGUUCGACUACCGUCAUCAUGGAUUCGAUAUUAUAUUCGGCUCCGUCAUGGGAAUGGUCUUUGCAUGGGUUGGCUUCCGACUGUAUCAGCUUCCCAUCAUGCGCGGUGCAGGCUGGGCUUGGGGGGCGCGGAGCCGCGAGCAUGCAUUCUUCACGGGCGUGGGACUCCCAAGCCAUGUUGCCGCCGACAACUGGGCCACCGUGAGAGAUAAAGUUGACGCUGCAGAGAACCGAGCACAAGAUGCGGACCUCGAAAGUGCUCGACGGGGCCCGAAUGAAUGA